AUGUUCCAAAGGCUGAUUCGCUUUGUGGAUGAUCACGGCGCGAUUUUUUUUGGAGAUGUCCUCGAGGGCAAGAAGUUUGAGACAUUAAUUGGCACGUCGGUCCCCGUCCUCGAAGGCUCCCCAGUGACGGGGCUCAAAGCGACAGGGAAAAAUGCCGUCGUUGCGCAGUUACUUCCGCCCCUUGCAGAUGUCCCUGUUUUUAUUUGCGUGGGGUUAAACUAUCGCCAGCAUGCAAAUGAAGCCAACCUCACGGUCCCUCCCUACCCGGUCCUAUUUACCAAGCCAUCCAAUGCCCUGGCUGGUCCCAGUGAUAAGAUCCCUAUUCACCCAAAGGCUCAGUCAAUGCUUGACUAUGAGGGAGAACUGGGUAUUGUUAUCGGGUGGGACGCUCUGAACGUGUCGGAAGACAAAGCAUUGGACUUCGUGUUGGGCUACACAUGCGCUAACGAUAUAUCUGCACGAAACUUCCAGCUUCCCGAUACAUCAGGGGGCCAGUUUUGCUUUGCGAAGUCUUUUGACAAGUUUGGACCUAUUGGACCUUGUAUUGUGUCUUCUCAGCUAAUCCCCGACCCACAACAACUUGUUCUCCAGACGAGAGUGAACGGCUCUGUCAGACAAACCACAUCCACCUCCGAUAUGAUUUGGACGGUGAAGCAAAUCAUUGCGCAUGCGAGUAUGGGUACUACAAUUCGGGCUGGAACUGUUAUUAUGUCUGGAACCCCAUCUGGUGUAGGCUUGUUUUGUCAGCCUCAAGCAUUUAUGACAGCGGGAGACGAGGUGGAGGUGGAUAUCGACGCCAUCGGUGUUCUUAGAAACAAGAUAGUGUUCAAUUAA